AUGGAUUUGGAUAGUGUUUCCCCCCUUGAUAGGCUGGCCCGGUCAAGAAUGUCGACGGUCUCCGUGAUGGGUGACUCGUCUAUUCUUGCGGAAAUGCCGCCUCCGUUCGAGUUGGUUCGCCGGAAAACGCCUGACCAGGUGCGCAACCCAGCUCCGGCCUCUGAGCAAGCUGGUCAGAGACAUCCCUUCGCCAAUUCGCUCCUGUCACCUUCCCCGUCCCGUUCUACGACGCUCACAAGCGAGCACUUUGAUGUGCCUAAUCACAUCAACGACAGCACCCACACAUUAGAGGCAGAAGACUUUGAUUGGUCUGAAAAAUCGACAUCCAAGGUCAGCCUCUUGAGCUGGCUACAAACCCAGCCCCCGGACCUCCCGGUAACGCCGCAGACUAGGCAUGCUGCCUCACAAUCGUGGGACGUCUCUAACAGACAGUCUCUCAAUAGCCCAGUUCCAUCGAGGCAUCACAAAUCAUCGUCAAUGUGGGGGUGUACAGACACGAUGCCUACGCCGCCCGUCGACGACGCGCUGAGUGUAGCGAUAUCGAGAGGCGCGUAUUUUAUCGAGUCCGGCGACUACGAUGCCGGUGUGAACUGCUGGCGGAUCGCAAAAGAUGGUGGCAAUAUUUAUGGCCAGCUACUGUACUUUCUAGCAGUCGACGCAGGAUGGACGUUUGACGCAGCUCACCAGAAUCUAGGCUGGUUAAUGACCAAGGUUGAUCCUAAUAUAUUGCGAAACAUCCUCGCAACAGACUGUCCACACAUUGCAGAUGCCUUGUACCGGUACAGCACCCGACAUCCCUCUGAUACCACGCUGGCGCUGAAUCUGGCUGCGGCCAUUAAUCGAGCGGGGCGCCCUUACCUACGAUGA